AUGGCCGCCAAAAUCUCCCCAAUUUCCUAUAUCAUCAAUCCCCACCGGCGACGUUCAAAACAAAACCCAACCUGCGCCACCUCUCUCUCUCUCUCUCAACCAUGUGCGACUACUUUCCCGAAGAAGUGCUGGUUCGCCAGACUCCCAGUAAAAUCCCUGCUCCGAUUCCUCUCCGUCUCAAAACCAUGGCGCUCCCUCAUCUCCAGCCCCAACUUCAUCGCCACCCACCUCACUCACUGCACCGCCAACAAUAACCCCCUUUUCCUCUUACUCCGCCACUGCUCUCUCAACCCCAACCAAGAACACUUCUCCUUGCGCUUCGACGACAACACCUUCAACCCCUACACCCCCUUCAACUCCCAAUACUUCUUCAGGGUCGUCGGUACAUGCAACGGCUUGCUUUGUCUCUCCGACGAUUGGUUCGGCGAUAAGCACCGCGUAAUCCUCUGGAACCCCUUGAUUCAAAGGUACGUGACCCUUCCCGCGCCCAAUUUCACCGUCCGUGCUUUUGGUCCUUACCAGUCUUUUCCAGGGUUGGGGGUCGAUUCCCUCACCAACGAUUACAAGGUAGUCCGUGUUGUUUACCCUCACAAGCUAGAUAUGUUACAUUGCCAAAUUUCUCCUCCUAAGGUUGAGGUUUAUUCCCUUAGGACCCGUUCUUGGAAACCCAUUACCGCUAGUGUUCCUUCUUGUAAUAUGGUUGAGUUCUUUUGGCGACAAGUAUUUGUGAAUGGGGCUGCACAUUGGAUCGGAUAUAAUCGCCGCCAAGGGGAGGGUAAAACCCAUAAUGUGAUUUUGUGUUUUGGUAUGGGGAAUGAGGCGUUUGGGAAGAUGGGUCUUCCGGAAGCAGUGGUUUCCAUGUUUCCGUUGUUUUUGGGUCUCCAUGCAGUACACAAUACGAUCUCUGUGGAUUUCUAUGACAAGAUGGCAACUUGUACGCGUUUCUCAUCGUGGGUUAUGUGAGAAUAUGGUGUGGUGGGGUCAUGGACUAAGUUCUACAUUGUUGAUAUGCCGGAUGGUAUACUGAAUGUUUUUGGUUUUAGGCAGAGUGGUGAGUUGCUGAUGGCUGGGAGGGGUGGAGACUUUGUUUCUUAUCACUGCGGGAGCAAGCGUGUUGAGAAACUUGGGAUGCGUACCGUCAAAGGCUCAAUUUAUGCCGAGAGUUACGUGGAGAGCCUUGUUUUGCUCGAAGGUAUGAAUGGGGACUUUCAAGGGCAAUGUAGCCUUGUUGAUUCACUUGAAGAUUCUCACGGGGGACAAAAGGAGGAAGUGGAUGAAGAAACACUUGAAAGGGCCUUCAACAGGAAUUUUCUGUCUGCAGCUGCUUUUGUGACUGGUAGCCUAUUGGAGUUCCUAAUUAGGAAUUAGGAACAAUUUAGUUUUGAGGUCAGAGAAAUCCCUACCCUAAAGGGCAAAGCAACUUGAUUGAGAAUGAGCGGGCCUAGCUUCUUUCAGUUGCUUGCAUCCGAAUGCUGGAAGGGACGAAUAGAGAUCAGGUUCUGGACUGAAAGUAGUAGUGGUAAGCUAAGUCUGAUUUUCAUGAUCUUUGCAAUGGGAAUGUUGUUUUUUGGAGUUUCUUGUCGGACAGAGGAGUGGGCAUCGGCGCAAUGACUACUUGCCUAGGUUGGUACAUAGUGAAGAGUGGAGUCUUGUGAUGAUUAGCUAAUGUCCUUUUUGAUUGCUAGUUGUAGUCUCAAGUAGAUGGGCCUUCUCCCACGAAGGUUUGAUCAACUGUAAAAUAUCGGGUUACCUUCAUAUGCUCCUUGCUUGCUAUGCUGUAGCUGUUCUUUGUCCUUUUUCUUUACGAAACAUUCUCUUUGGUUACUCUUCAGUCUCAUGUUUAUGAAUGAACAUAGUUCUAUGU